AUACCCUAAAAAUACAUGAGCUUUCAUUAUUGUGCAUCGGAAUACAUAUUCGCAUGGUAGAAGAGCUUUUGUUCUUCUGCAAUUUGCAAACACCGUUGAAAACUAAAAGAUCUGUUCUUAGAGGAGACACCUAAAUUAGGCCAAGGAUUUCAUUCGCUAGAGGAUGCACAGACUUUCUAUAAUGCGUAUGCAAAGCUUCUCGGGUUCGGUACUAAAAUAAAAAACUCAUAUGUUAACAAAGCUGGAGCUAUGACAUGGAGAGCAUUUACAUGCUCUAAAGAAGGCAGGACAAAUGUGUCUUCGCGGAAGACUAAUAAAAUUGUCUUUAAAAGAAAUAGGGGCCAGACAAGGUGUAGGUGUCUUGCUAAGAUGCAUGUUUCGUGGAAUCGAGAAAGCAAUUUGUGGAUCGUGUCACGAUUCGAGAAGACUCAUAAUCAUGAUCUUGUUAGUCCGAGUAAGAUCCAUUUGAUUCGUUCUCACCGAGAAGUGUCAUCUUCAAAGAGAGCAUUGAUGAAUGAGUGGGGGAUGCAAAUAUUGAGACACAUACUCAAAUUCGAUUGUUGGAGAACAAAGCUGGAGGUCUAUCUAUGAUGGGGUGCACAGAGACUGAUAUAUAUAACUACAGUGCGUCAUUGAAGUCCAAAUUUAAUGGGAUUGAUGUGAAAACUAUGAUUCAUGGAUUUCAGACUGAAAAGCAAAGGAAUUGUGACUUCUUCUACAAAUAUGAGAUUGAUAGUGAAAAAGUCCUUACUCGAUGUUUCUGGACCGAUAGUGAUAGUAGGAAUGCAUACUUGUUUUUUGGUGAAGUGGUUGUAUUUGAUACAACAUUCAAUACAAACAAGUAUGGCUUCUAUCUUGCUCCCAUCGUUGGUGUUAAUCAUCAUCGUCAAACUACUUUUUCGGUUGUGAUUUGCUAAGGGAUCAAUCGACAGACUCAUUUUAUUGGCUACUAUCACAAUUCUUAGAAUCUAUGGAUCCUAGACCCCAUCCAAAAGUAAUAAUAACUGAUCAAGAUGCCGCUAUAGCUCGAGCAGUGGGUGAUGUAUUUCCAGAUGCAUCACAUCAUCAUUGUUUAUGGCACAUACUCAAAAAGUUCCCAGAAAAGAUGAAUGUCUCAAGAUCAUCCUAUACUGAACUUCAUAACGAUUUAGUUGACAUUAUUAUGAGUUCAGAGAGCACAAGUGAUUUUGAGCAACGGUGGUCUGAUAAACUCUUGUUACCAAAGUUAAAUGAGAAUGGUUGGCUUGCUGAUAUAUAUGAAAUCCGAGCAAAAUGGGUCCCUUGUUUUGUUAAACAUAUUUUUUGUGCUGGAAUGUUCAGUAGUCAACGUGUUGAAAGCACACAUGCUUUUUUAAAAAAGUAUGUAAACAAGAAAUGCACUGUGAGCCAGUGUGUGACACGUAUUACUCGGGCUAUUAUGAGACAGAGGCACAAAGAGCUUAUUGCUGGUCACCGCGACCGUAAUGAAGUUCCUCGGAUAAGUUCAUGUUAUUUAAUGGAAAGACAAAUGGCAAAAAUGUACACAAAGGCCAUUUUUUGUAAGUUCCAGAAAGAAUUGGAGAAGUGUGCUCUUUACACUUGCCACAUGACAUCUAGUUCUGCUGAAACCAAGAUCUAUGAUGUCAAAAGAUAUGAUCUUAAUUCAAAUUCUAGUUCUACGACACAUAAACUGACGUAUGACAUAUCCAUGGAUUUUGUUGGUUGUAGUUGUCAAAAAUUUGAAUUUAUGGGGAUUGUUUGCCGACAUAUUCUCAUAUGGAUGAGGCUUGAGCAGGUGUUGUUAUUGCCUGAACGAUACAUUCUUCAUCGUUGGACGAAAAAGGAAAAAAUAAACCCAGUUUAUCAGCAUGCAACUGGUUCGUUUGUUAGUAAGAAAUUGUGGGCAAGGCGGGUGUAACUAAGGUCGUCUGCUUUUGAGAUUGUUGACGCGGCAUCUUUAACUGAAGAACGAAGCAACUAUUUUGCAGAAGUCUUAAAGGGUGCAAUGCAUCACCUAGUACAUAUGGAUGAUGGAGGAGAAAAUACAAACCAACCAUCAAUAGUGUCCUCUGAACCACAACAAGUUGUUGUGAAAGAUCCAAAGUCUACAAAAAUUAGAGGUUGAGGUUCACGUCUUAAGCAUCCAUCUGAGAAAGCUAGACGUUGUGGAAAAUGCAAGAAGGUUGGACAUAAUGCAAGAUCAUGUCAAGUUUCUCAGCUAGAGAGAUGAAAAUUCUCCUUAAUAUUUCAUAUUCAAUAUUUUACAUUUAACUAAGUAAUUUAUUUAUUACUUUAAAUUCCAUGAAAUAGUUGAGAAUAUUUAAUAUCUUUGUAACCCAUGUGAUUAAUCUGGCAGGUCUCAAAACCGUAAUAAGCAGUUUGAUCUCAAUCACCCGGAUUUAGAAUGUUGAGGAAUAGCAAAGAAACAAUUCUGCUAGAAGAUCCUGAAGCUUGAGAUGUACUCAGAUGCUAGAUUGUUGCUUUAUUUAUUGUUUCAUGAUCAUAACAUACGAAACACAAUAAGUUAAAUCAUCAUUGAGUUGUUCUUUCAUAUGAAGUAUUAUUGUUUCUGGAUUAUAUAUCAGUGUUCAUGUUGAUGUUAAUGUGAUAAGCAGUGACAAAGAUUGUUUUUCAUAAAAAGUUAACAUUGGGUUUAGGGAAACUGUGACACCGCACCCGUGUGUACCUGAAUGUACUGUUUGAAAGUUUCGUAAUUUAUGUAUUGAACUUAUUAUCAC